GAAACGGACGUCAACUGUCGCGCCACCUAGCGAAGUCUCUGCGAAACAAGUGACAAUGGGAACGCCAGCGCCUCUAGUGGCGCUCGACGGAGUCUAGUUGGUGGGGGACGACGUAGAGUCGAGUCAGUCUGUACUUGACCGUCGUUCUGCGCACACGUCUAGAAACUGUCCCGCGUUUCUCUUACUUAGUGACAUUACGUUACCCUUUCUGUGUUUUGGCUUGCUGUGUGAUUGCUAAGUGUUAUUGUGUUGUGUAACUGUGCGAUAAUUAAAAGAAGUGAUUAUUUAAAGUGACUUUUCUUAAAAUCGCCAUUCCUACGCCUACGAAACACGAUGUCGGACAAUCCUGACACCCAGCCACCCCAGGAACGUGCACCUGCUCCACCCCCGCCUCCGACAUCAGAAGUGGGAUCAGAAGACGCCACCCCACGUGCUUCACACCACGACACGAACGACGAAAAAUGGCAGAAGCUUCUAGAAAAACAGAAUCGGAAUUUCCUGACGCUUGUUCGAGCUAUGAAGACACCUUCGUCGUCGACCGAGCUGAGGUUACCCGAUUUAAAUCCCAGUAAAUCCGAUGUCGACGCACUUUCUUGGAUGUCGACUGCGGACCUGUGCGUUAACGACGAGAAUCUGCAAGGCGCACGGCUUAUGGUUGCCUUGAGUCGUGCUCUGAAAGCGAAGACUGCGGUCACUGGCUUCCACUGCCAGGGCCAGGGACACUUCGCAUCCAGCUGCCCAAAACGUCGCAGACAGGACCAGGAUGCUGCCAGUGGAAGAGCGAGUGGAUCCGGUGCAGCCAAGGAGAAGAGGGUCGAUCUAUGCGUAGUGAGCGCGCCUGCUGGGAUGUUGCAUUAAUCUGGUGAGCUGUUUUCGUUAAAACUAUGACUGUAGUUUCAAAGUUUAGAGGCUAGAUGUUUCUUUACGUGGAUGAGGUUAGUGUGACCGGUACUGUGGAAUUAUUUUCGAGGUUCGAGUCCUGGAACUGUUAAUCUGUCGGGUUGCCAGACCUGUUGACUUAAAAAAAAAGGUUAUGACAUGGAGGUUGAUCAAAAUCCUGAGCUUAAGUUAAGUAGGGUUAUGAACAUGCGUCCAUGACCUCAUUAGGUAAAUCUCCGAAAGUUGAUUCCCUAUUUUAUAAUCAUGAUCUUUUUUAUGCUAAGUAAUUAUGAAGCAAUCGAUUGAAUUGUGUGUUUCUGUGGUGUGUCUUGCUCAAUUGUUUAAUGCCAGUGGAUGGAAGUGGUAGUACCAGACUAACACUGGAUGGAAGUGUUAGUGAGUGCCGGAUGGAGGCACUGGAAUGACACCGGAUGGAGGUGUGCAUUCGUGAUGAGUACUUGGGUAACCGGAUGGAGGUUGCCGGACAAGUGAGCAAGGACCAUUGGUAAUCAGAUCCAGAUCCGUGUUUUUCUUUAGUACAGAGUUAAAGAUAGUGG